UUUCCCCAUCAUGUCGACAACCCGGUUACCCAAUAUCCCCGCGCUUCGAAAACAGCAACUUCUCCUAGAAUUCGCAAGUUUACAACAUGCCGCUCCCCCGGGAACCUACAUGAGCUUGAGCCCGGGCGAUCCUACGCUCUGGCUGGGUGUGAUUUUUGUUCGGUCGGGCCCCUACGCCUCCGCCGUCCUCCGCUUCCAAAUCCGCUUCCCCACCUCCUAUCCCGACAUGCCUCCCCUCGUGAACUUCGCCACCGACGUCUUUCACCCCCUGAUCGUGCCCCUCACCACAUAUACCUUCAGCACUGGUGCCUCGAGCGAGGAUCCCGUCAGCGCGACCGACGAUGAACGUCUGCCUCCGGGCGGGUUCAGUCUCCGACAUGGCUUCCCGCAUUGGUUCGGUCGGGCUAGACGAGGAUUGACCACCUCGGUGUCGUCGCCCCGGGAGACGAGUGCCCGGAAUUCAACUGCUAGUGAGGGUGUAUCGGGGAGUUUGUGCAGGGAGGGUGUGGCGGAGAAUACCGCUGAGAUGCCGGAGGCGCAGGCUCAAUCGGAUGGCGAGAACGAGAACGAGAGUGAGGAUGAGAAUGGGGAAAGGGAAACGGUUGCGCCAUCACCGGUCGAGAAGCCCGUGGAACCGAGACACACCGUCCCGGUAACAGAGCUAUUGAAUUACAUCCGAUCUACGUUUGACGACGAGACGGUGCUGGAUUCCUUGCCGCUAGAGGCAGCGGGGAAUCCAAGCGCAUGGCAUGCAUGGAAGGCUCAUCGGAGAGGAAGUAAGAGUUCUGCGACGCUGAGUGGAUCGAAGAAGGGGAGUAGUCCGCAGGCGAGAUCCCCCGGGGAUUGGCACUGGGAUGGGAUUUGGGCGAGACGAGUACAGAAUGAGAUUGAGGCGAGUAGUUCGGAUGCGAUGUUAUUUGGGAAUGCGAAUCGGGGGGGAGUUGAGGAGAUGAUUCGAUUUAGUCGUCUUGAUGCGACGACCCUGGCUUCGGUUAAGGAGAUGAUGAUCCCGCGUGCGGAGGAGGUCCCUUGAAUAAUUCAUUUACCCUAUAGAAUAAUGUGACUCAGUUGAUCUGACUACUCGAUCUGACCUCAUAUCGAACG